AUGAAUUUAAAUCGUAAAUUAAUAAAAACUUAUACAGUAAUACGUCCUAUGAGAUCUUUGGUCACUUCGACCAUGAAUCCUUCCGAACCAGGAUCUGAACAAAAGGAUGAUGAAAAAGUUUUUAAUCGUAAUGAGCAAACUAUAUCAGGUUCAACAAAUCAAGUUUCUCACGCAAAAACCGCUUAUGACAGAGAAACAAUUAAUCCAAAUCAAGAAAUACAAGAAUUCAAACGAACUAAUCAUCAAGAUUCUCUGGAUUGGAGUGCCGCAAAUGAGAAUAUUAGUGAUACAACUAAAAAAAAAUCAUCUCAACCUGUUGGAUAA